CUUUUGCGGUAAGGCGAACCCAGAAACGCGCGAUAAAGUGUCCAUGUCGAUUCCGUAAUUCCGUGUGUAUUUGAAUUUAAAAAUGGAACCGAAUUUAAAAACUUAUAAAGACUCAAUGACGUUGCAAGAUUGCGAAAAGACGAAUUUGACGACACCUUUUUCGAUAAACGAUAUUUUGACAAAAGAGAAUGAACGGUGCGAUUUUGAAAAUGGAAUGUUUUGUCAGGAUGCGAGUUUUGGCGGGAAGAUUUUUAUGGGGAAAACUGCCAGUUGUUACAACAAAGAAGAGUCGGCCAAAAAAGAAGUUUUGAAAUAUUAUGACGACUGUAACGGCUAUAGAGAUUAUAGCGAUGAUGGAGCUUUGGACAUGUCCAGGAAGAACCUUUAUCCAGUCACAGAACUUUCAGAUGACUACGACUCCCGUUCAUCCAACACGGGAUCUCCAACACGCCGGAACUCUCCCAGCUCGGACAUCAGCUACAAGCCCUUCAACCUCCACUACGAACCUCGAAAAUGUUCCACUCCCCCCUCCUCCGGCGACCCACGACUCAUCGCCUCACCAAACUUCACCAUCAGCGAGUACACCCAAAAUGGAGGCCGUAAAAAGCGAUCUCGCGCCGCAUUUUCCCACGCACAAGUAUACGAACUCGAGAGGCGGUUCAGCCAACAAAGAUACCUCUCAGGACCCGAAAGAGCCGACUUGGCCGUCAGUCUCAAACUCACGGAGACACAAGUCAAAAUAUGGUUUCAGAACAGAAGAUACAAAACGAAACGUAAGCAGUUGCAAAUGCAAGAAAACGGAAUGUUGGCGGCAGCAGCGGCGGCGGCCAACCACGCGAGGAAAGUCGCCGUAAAAGUAUUAGUCAAUAACAAUGGACAACCGACUUUAUCAGAUAUGAAAGCGUAUCAAACUCCCAUGUUAGGGAAAACUAUAAAUCCAGCACUUUUUGCCCCACCUUUACUAGAAGGGUCACCGAUUCUAAAGCACUUUGCGGGAGUUUACGGUGUAGAUUUCACGAAAAAUCCUGAAUACAAAGCGUUACUACAAGAAUCGUAUAAUCAGGCUGUUUUACAAUCGCUCUAUGGUCCACAUUUAGGCGUAAACUAUCCAAAUUUACCUCUUUCGUAUAUGUACUACCCCGGACACCCAGCGUUUGGAAUGCCAUUGCCAUGUGACUUAGAUAGAAGCCAGACUGAAAGUAGGACAGACAGUAUAAAAGAAGCGGCGGAACAAUCAGGAACGAAUAAAGAAAAGACGGUAGAAAAAAGUAAAACCAUAGACAUCAAUGAAAACAGUAAUGAAAGUAUGGCCAGUAACAUUGAAGUGGAAAAUUGAAAUUCGAUAAUAGAAUUUCUUAUGCAAUUAAAUGAUGUUCCACAAUCUUUGUAUAGGAUAAUGAUGGUUCGAUAUUAGAUUGGUCUGUUUUUGCGGCGGCGAUUACAUAUUUUAGUUAAAUUUUGUUGCAAAAAAAAAAACCAAAUGUUGCUAGAGUUAGCCAAAGAUUUUGAUUUAGCUAGUAGAAUUUUUAUUGUUUAGCUGAUUACGUUGUAGUUGUAAAUAAUGUUUAAGUGGUUGAAUAAAUGUUCGUAGUUUAUGCAUUGGCACGUAUGUAAAUAGUACAAAAUUAGUAAGAGUCUAAUAAAGGUGCAAU